GACUCCUUCUCGUGCCUUCCAUCGUUCGAAUCGUACGACUAUUUUACGCUCUCUGUCUCUCUCUCUCUCUCCCUCUCUCACACACACACACACACACACACACAAAUCUCUGCCGCGCGUCAAAAUUUCAGUUUCGUUCGUUGCCGCUCUAUGCGUUCAUGUUCUUGCAACAGAAGAAACAAUAAGAACCCUAACCCUUCUUGAAUUUCCUUUUCGUUCAUAAAUAAAUCUUUUCGUCUUCUUUUUGUAAAUUCAAUCACAGAUCUGUGAAUCUUUGGAGUUCUUCCUGAAGUCUGUUGUAUUCAUACUCAGAUCUUCCAGCUCUUUUUACGUAUCCCUUCAGAUUCAGAAUUGGUUUCAAUUCGAUUUCUGGAGUUUUGAAUUGAAGAGGUAGGUUGAAUCGAUUCUGUUCCAUCUUUGAUUUCUAAAUCAAAUUUUCAAUCAUAUAACGGUUUGGCGGUUGUUAAUAUGCGUGUAGUUUUUUCCCAAGUUGUUUGUGAGUCGGUUUUGUUGACAAUUUAGGGUUUUUUGGUAUUACCGAGCAAAGUGUACUCUCUUUCUUAAAUGUACAAAUCCAAUUAAUGUACACUAUGUGACAUAAUGUACAGUUGUUAUCAGAUGCAAUCUUGAGCUGGAAUUUGAUGAGUGUGGGGGUGAAUUAAUCACUUAAGAGGGGUUUCUGUCUUACUUUGUUUUUUUCCCGCUUUGAAUGUUUUCCUAUGGUGUAGAAUUGUUUACAUUUAUCAAUUUUGAGUUGCUAGAAGUGGCUUUUUUGGAUGGGCCAAGGGGAAGCUGAAGUUUGUUUGCCUGUGUUGGAUGAUGUAAAGAUGGAAAUUGAGAACCCAUUGAGGAUCGAAUCAAAACGGGACUAUCAGUGCGUAGUAGACGGCUCUGAAACAGAACCUUGCAGUAAGAAGCAGGCAAAAGAAUUGUUAGGUUAUACAGAACUCCUUUGUGCUAAGAAGCAGGCAAAGGUUUUUAGAGACACUGAACUGGAGUCACAUGCUAAGGAGGUGAAAGAAGCUUUGUAUGAUGUUGAUAUUGAAUUGUGUUCCCAGAACGAGGCAAAGGAAACUUCUAACGAGGAUAUUUGCUCAGAGGUUACUAAUCCAAAUUUGUCCCCCAGGGAAAAUACUUCGAGCUUUCAGACAAUUGGUAGUGAGCAUGUUGAAUUGAUGAGUAAUAUCCAAAGUGGCUGUGUUGAUGUUACAUCUGAUUCUUCAGGAAACUCCACAACGGAAGAGGGCUUGAGGGAAGAAGAGCUUAACAGAAAUGAUACACAGGGUGAGGUUACCACGUCCCAUGUUGUACUCGAAAUUCCAAAGCAUGUUAGCACCACUGGUGUUAGGAAAAUUACAUUCAAGUUCAGCAAACGGAAGGAAGACUAUUGUAAUCAGUUAUCCACUCCAUCUACUCAGCUUCAGAGUAAUGGUUUUCAUGAUGGCUGCCAUGAGGACCCUUGGUGGACUCCUUUAGCAGGGAACGGUGAUGCAAAUAGGUACGGGAAGGGGUUCUAUGAAACCAGUCGCCCUUUUUUGUGCACUUCUAAUUUGGAACUAAAAAUGUCUAAGAAGGUUAGUCCAGACAGCUGCCCAACUAAUGUUAAAAAGCUUUUAUCUACUGGAAUUCUAGAAGGAGCUCGAGUGAAAUAUAUCUCUACCUCUGGGAAUAGAGUGCUUCCUGGAAUCAUAAAAGAUUCUGGAUAUUUGUGUGGCUGUUCAGCAUGCAAUUUUUCCAAAGUUCUCAGUGCCUACGAGUUUGAGCUGCAUGCUGGUGGUUGCAAAACUAGACACCCAAAUAAUCACAUAUUUUUGGAGAAUGGGAAGCCCAUUUAUAAUAUUAUCCAAGAAUUAAAGACUGCACCACUUAGCGUACUAGAUGAAGUGAUAAAGAAUGUGGCUGGUUCAUCUGUUAAUGAAGAGGCGCUACAGGUUUGGAAAGGAACUUUCCAACGAAGUAUUGAGUUGUGUAAAGCCGAUAAAAACUAUCACACCAAACUUGCAGGGCUGUAUCAUUCUACUACCAGCUUCCCCAAUCAAGUGUGCGAAGAAGGCUGCAGUCCUACUUCGUGUUCCAAUGUGCUGCAAAUCUGUAUGAAGGAUUCAGAGGAAGAGCGGAAACAGAUUAAAAAGCCAAAGUCCUACAUUUUUGGCUCAGGUGUGGCACAAAAAAGAACUACUGAAGGUGGCACUAAGAAGAGGGAUAAUGAUUUGCACCGAAUACUUUUCAUGCCAAAUGGGCUUCCAGAUGGGACUGAUUUGGCUUAUUAUUCCAAAGGAAAGAAAAUUCUUGGAGGCUACAAGCAAGGGAAUGGUAUAGUUUGUAGUUGUUGUGAUACUGAGAUUAGUCCUUCACAGUUUGAAGCUCACGCAGGAUGGGCAGCUAAGCGUCAACCGUAUCGUCAUAUUUAUACUUCUAACGGACUGACGCUGCAUGAUAUAGCUCUAUUAUUGUCAAAUGGUCAAAAUGUAACCACAAGUAAUAGUGAUGAUAUGUGCGCAGUGUGUGGAGACAUAGGCGAACUGAUUGUUUGUGGUGGAUGCCCUCGGGCUUUUCACCCAGUUUGCUUGGGAUUACAAUGUGUUCCCACCGGUGAGUGGCACUGUCAGUAUUGUAGAGACAAAUUUGGUCCUGGUAGAAAAGCUGGUGGAGAGUUUAGACCUAUACUUGUACGCUUGACACGAGUUGUGAAAUCACCAGAAUCUGAAGUUGGUGGUUGUGUUGUUUGCAGGGCGCAGGACUUCAGUGUUGCAAAAUUUGAUGAGCGAACCGUUAUUCUCUGUGACCAAUGUGAGAAGGAGUACCAUGUUGGUUGCUUGAGGGACAGUGGGCUCUGCGAUUUAAAGGAACUCCCCAAGGAUAAAUGGUUUUGUUGCGAUGAUUGCAAUAGGAUCCAUCAGGCUCUGCAAUAUAUUGCACUCAAUGGAGCGGAGGUGAUUCCAGCUCCAAUGUCGAAUAUGAUAAAUAAGAAGCUUGCAGAGAAAGGAUUGAGCGAUGGAGCUGCAAAUGAUAUCCGAUGGCAAAUUUUGAAUGGGAAAAGUCGCAGUCCGGAACAUCUGCUGCUGCUUUCUAGGGCUGCUGCAAUUUUUCGUGAGUGUUUUGAUCCUAUUGUUGCCAAAUCUGGUCGCGAUCUCAUUCCAGUUAUGGUCUAUGGGAGAAAUAUUUCUGGUCAAGAAUUUGGAGGAAUGUACUGCAUUGUGUUAACUGUGAAGUCAGUAGUUGUAUCAGCUGGCCUUCUCAGGGUUUUUGGACGAGAGGUUGCUGAGCUUCCUUUAGUGGCUACAAGCAGAGAAAACCAAGGAAAAGGUUAUUUCCAAGCGCUAUUCUAUUGUAUUGAGCAGUUACUGUAUUCUAUGAAUGUUGAAAACCUGGUGCUCCCUGCUGCUGAGGAAGCUGAAUCCAUCUGGACAAAGAAAUUAGGCUUCAGAAGGAUGAGUGAUGAGCGAUUGAAGACAUAUACAAGGCAUCUCCAGCUGACAAUUUUCAAGGGGACAUCAAUGUUAGAGAAGAAGGUCCAGCAGUUGGCAGCUUAAUACAUGUUUGAUUUUACAAACUAUCUACCGGGCCAAUGACUAACGAUUUCAAGGGGACAUCAUCCGCAGCAUCCAGGGUGCUGAUUAAUCUUCUUGCUCGUCUCUUAAAGCAUGCGAGUGAUCUUUGGAUGAUAAUUGUGGAGGGGGAUAUCAGUGUUGAGGGUGGAGGUGCAGCCAUGCAGCAAGUAACAUAUGUGUCAUGGUUUGGUUCUUUAAAAGUGAUUCCGCAGGAAAUGUAGGACUCUAUUAUUUUUUCACACUCUCCCCCCCCCCCCCCCCAAAAAAAAAAAAAAACCCAAAACUACUCUUUGUACCAUAACAAUGCUCUAUUGUUUGUGGGGUGAUCAGUAAUCUGAUAAAGUGUGUUGCUCAUGUACAAAAAAAAAAAAAGGAAAAAAGAAUGGGAUGUACAGAGGGUCCGUUGAAGGCCAGAGUGCAUGCUGAACUUUUAUUAUGCAUGCAGUUAGUCAAUUUUUUUUUUUUUUGCUCUCUUUGUGGGGUAAUUUUCUCUCGUAGCUUUAGAUGUGUAUACAGAAAGCAAUGUUAAGUAGAGAACAGUGUUUUGAUGCGUGUGCCACGUGAAAAAGAAUUUUAGUAGUCACAAUUCUUGUUCUGUUUGAUUUUUUCUUUUUGUUUUUCCUUUGCCUCUCUUAUAUUAAAAAAUUGUGUAACCAAGCAGACGUUUGCUGAUCUGUCAAGGUGUUGUGUGACAUGCAAAAAAUUGU